AUGCAGCUUCUGGAUCGUCUGCCUGAUCCCAAAGCCCCACAGUUGCAGGCACCCGAGAGCGUUAGGGACACUGCCGUCGACGCGGAGAUGCGUGCCGGACCAACAGAAAGUGCGGACGGCGCAGAACUGACACUGGAUGAAGAGAGCGAGUGGGAGGACUGCAGCAGCGACGAUGGAGACGCAACGACGGUAGCAUCAGAGCAGCAGAAGCUGGAGGCAAUUCUAAAAGCGAGGGUUCUGCAUCGGUCUCAUGCCAUCUUUUGUCGGCAGCGCCUGCGUCGGCUUGAGCCAAAGUUGGCUGAGCAGUGUGUCUUGGAGGACAUGGCUGGGGCUUUACCUCAACAUGCAUUGGCCAGCCGCAAGUGGUCCUUGGCUGUUUGCAAGCAGCACAAGCUGCAAAGGCAGCUGGGGAGAGUGAGAGGCGUGGUUUCUCUGCAGCAGCAGCAAGAACUGUUGCUGUCGCCGCAACAGCGCAGGCUGCUGUGGCAGCGAGAGGCCGAGCACCAGCGAAAAUGGCAGCAUUGGCGUAUGAAGGUAGGCAUCAAAGCCAACAUCCUCCAGCGCACAAUCUUGAGAGAGACAAAGUUUUUCUUGUGA